GUUCACAGGUAAACCGAGACCAGUAGAACCAGUUGCUCAUCUGAUAAGAUCGCUGUAAACAAAAGCUUACAACUUCUGUCUUAAUUAUCGGUCAGUUUGAGAUUCAGAUACCAGAAUGUCCAGCACAGUCAUACCCAUGAACUCUUCAACGCUCAUCAUCCAGUUUCAACCACCAACACAAACAACCCCUGUUACGACGGUGACAAAUGCUCCUGUGCCUGUUUAUGUACAACAGGCGGCGGGAGUUUCACCUCUUCAUGGACUUCAGGCGUUUCUGAAAGGCCAACCGAAAGCCCUUGGGACGGUUCAGAUAAUGAUCGGUGUGCUGACUUUCCUGUUUGGCAUUGUGUCUACAGUUUAUGCACAGUCCAUCUUUGUUAUUACUGGUCUUCCUUACUGGGGAUCUCUCAUCUACAUUACAGCAGGCGCACUCUGCAUUUCUGCAGAAAAUAAAAUUAAUUCACCUUCCAGUUUGUGUUUGGUGAAAGCUUCACUUGGAAUGAACAUUUUCAGUACUUUAACCGCAGGCAUCGCCAUUAUUUUCACUUCACUGGAUUUGGCUUUAGGACCAAUGAACUCUUACUGCAGCGGUUAUGACUGUUAUUAUUUAGAGACAAAGUAUAAGACUCUCUUCAGGGGAAUCAGUGGUGUAUUGUUGGUAUUCACCUUGCUUGAGUUUAUCAUCUCCAUCUGUCUGUCAGCAUUUGCCUGUAGAGCUAGCCCCUGCUGUUGUCCUUCUCAGGUGCAGUUUGUCCCUCAAGUUCUACCUCCACAGCCCUCUGAUUUCAGGCCCAUUAAUUUCCAUGGUCUUAACAGCUCAGUGAUACCUGUGGUCAGCAGCUCUUCCAUUCAUCACCAGCCUGCAGAUGCUCCUCCACAAUACAGUGAAUUCAAAUAAAUAUGU